AUGACUCAUUUGCAGUGGGUUCUAUCACCAAAAUACUUUAAUUUUCCAUUUCCAAUUACGCUUACUAUGAUUCACAUGGGAUUUUCUGGUGUGGUGGCAUUCCUUUUGGUUCGCGUUUUUAAGGUAUGUUCACUCUCCCCUGUUAAGAGUUUAUUUUCCAUCCAUAUUACCUUUUCAAGAGGGAUACAUUAAACAUUCUAAUAAUCAAGAAAAUUUUGUGGCAAUCUCGUAUGCAACUUUGAAUAGCAGUUAAGAUGCUGCUAGCGGCACGAUUGGAAAAGUCAGCAAUCAAUUUAGAGAGGAAUUUGGUGUCCUCUGUCUGAAUUUAAGGGAUAAUUUUGAUUAUUCUGGAAACCUAAUGAUGACAUAGGAAAGAAAUUGGUCAAUCUCUCUUUGGUCAAACGAUUCCCUGCUAACCAGACACUCUAAGAGGCAACCAACCACUCGAAUGAGCCCUUGUUCUUACUUGUCAUAAGCACCACCUACUGGCAGUCGAGUUGUGGAGAACGAAAGGAGCAUGGGAAAGUGGAAGCAACUGAAAACGGUCGUAGUUUGGCCCCCUGGUUUGUCUGCUUCAUCUUUCUCUUCAAAUAUGAGUAAGUAUCAAAUGUCAUUGUCGUUUAGGAAUUGGGUAUUGAACAAGGUGGGGUGUGAUAUAAUUAAGACUGACGAACGGUCAUGCAAUUGUGCCCUUUUUCUACAGAUUUAUCUAUAAACGUACAAUAACGAUCAGUAGCAGAUUUUUAUUUACUUUGAAUGUCUUUUUCCUCCGUAGUCUUUAAAUUUGCCAACCCAAUUGCAUUUUAGAUUUUAUUGGGCCUAGAAAUUUAUUGGGCAAAAUGUGGAUAUCAAGGAUGUCGUGCAAAUCUGAUUGUUACUUAGUACCCUCAUGGAAAAAUCCAAUAAUUGAUCCAAAUGUAUCUGCGUGGCAAAUCCAUUCGUUUGAUGAAACAGCCAUCAGUCAAAUCCAAUAAUUUGCCAUAUACCCAAUGGACAGAUCCAAAAAUUUGGCAGACUAAGUCUCUGGGCUAAUCCAACAAUUUGCCCAAACCCACUAGGCAUUUCGAAAGGUGGAGCAAAUACAAUUCGAGCCAAUCUAGCAAUGCAUGAAAUUCACGUGAAAAUUCAUCAGUCGGUCAACUAUGUAUUGGCUAAAUAUAAAAUUGGUGUCAAAUAUUCACUUGGCAAAUCAAGUGGGUCAAUAUCCUGAGUGAAUCCUGCAAUGGAUCAAAAUAUGGUCAAUUGCUUAAAUUACCUUUAUAUCGUCCCUAAUUGAGUUGAUAAACUUAAAAAGAUUACAAUCCACUUUUUGUUUAAUGUGCAUCAAUUUAUUUUACAUCUGCUUCAGUGUGAUGUCACAAUACUUUUUUGAAUUAUAAACAAUAUUAGCGAAAUGAAAUGCAACAAUUUAUUCAUUGGUCAUGUUACAAGAGCAGUCCCACGCUAGCCAUAAAAAGAAUUUUUUGCUUGUUCAUUAGUUUUUAUUUUGAAUGAUGAAGUUUAAGAUGGCGUUGGAUCUGAUGGUUGGUCGAGUUUCACGCAUAGAUUUAUGUUAUUCACUUGACUAGCCCAAAAAGUCAACGUACACAUGUAAUGCCGUGUUAAUAAAGUUUUGUAUUGGUUUAUAGAAAGAAAACAUGCGAUUAUAUAGAGAGACACUCUAGUCAUUCAGAAUUAUUUUUGAGUUGAAUGGUUCUAUGAUGUAAUUUCAUAAAUGAUACUUGCAAUCAGUUCAUGGUGUUCUUCGGAAAAUGUUAUUAAUAUUGAUUGCAGCUAGUGAGAAAACUCCAGAUAUACAUAAUCGACGGAAUAUAUUGAAUUAUUCAAAAUGGAUAUUUGAAUGAAUGAAACGCUUCAAUGAUAGGAAACAAUUAAGAACAACGUCACAACACAGUGUCAUAGCAAGAUGCAUGGUGCUUGUCUUGUUCACUGUUUUUCACUUAAUAUCCGCAUCCAAUUUGGUUAAGAUGCUAUAUCAACACAUGUUAUUCUGUUUGCAGCCACGGAAUGAAAAUGCUUUCUUUACUUUAGAACAAGUCAUCGAUCUAUGAACUAUAAAAUACUACGUUCCAUUGAAAUUCUGAUAUCUUGGUAUUGGCAGGUUGUGGCACCUGUGAAGAUGACUUUCCAGAUGUAAGAACUAUGACAUUUUAUUUUUCCUUCAUUUAAUGUGAUGUUUCACUUUGUAAUGAACCUUUUUCCAAUUCCAGAUAUGUAACAUGCGUGAUUCCAAUAAGUGCUUUCUUUGCAUCCAGUCUAUGGUAAGUGAUUGUACAUUUCUGCAUUUUGGACCACCUGUCAGUCGCCUUUGUUUGACUGUGCUCUUUUUUUCUUCAACUGAUGACUGUACUCCUUUUUCUUUGAUUUUGUUUCUAAUGAUAUUGCGACCUACUUGUACAAUAACUGCAUAUGUUAAUCUUUUCCCUAAAUGAAAGACAUUGAUUGUAGCCAGAUCUAUGUUUUUCUGGGCAUGAGAAAAGGAUGGAACACGCCAUUAACUGAAGGGCAGAAUCUCGCCUGCUUGAUGUUUAUUUGAGCAUCAAAAUCGUUAGUGUUGGGGUGUGUGCUGUGUGUUGUGGGUGGGGGGUGGAUGCUCUGGUGUUCAGGCUUUCAAACUACAUCUUUUGAAAGAAAAUUUCAUCUCCUUAUUUAUUUUCCCUAUAGUCUAUUUAAGCUUCCAAUCUAGAAUCCAAGGAUUCAAGAAUACUAAUGCUUGAAACUACAUUAUUUGUUUUGAUCUUACGUGUAAGCUACGCUAGUUCCCAGUUAAAAUAAAAUUCUUAUUUUUAUGAUUUUUCGUGCUAUUACCUAUGGUUUUAUGAUUGCCAAACUUCAAUUAUGAUUUGCCAUUGGUUUUUUUAGUUCAUGACAUGUCAUGGUAACAAGGCGUAUCUUCGGCUGCAGGUUUGGCAACACCGCUUAUUUGCACAUUUCAGUUGCUUUUAUCCAGAUGCUCAAAGCUUUAAGUAGGUAGUCUAAACUCGUCUUUUAUUUCGCCUUAAUCCCCUUAAAGCCAAAUAUUCACUCUUCUUUUGUGUACAGUGCCAGUGGCAACAUUCCUCAUGUCUGUUAUUUGUGGCACUGACAAGUUAAGGUGUGAUUUGUUCCUGAACAUGCUCCUCAUCAGUGUUGGAGUAGUCGUCUCUUCAUAUGGCGAGAUUCACUUUAAUGUGAUCGGAACACUUUACCAGGUGUCAGGCAUAUUUGCAGAAGCUCUUAGACUAGUCCUAACUCAAGUCCUCCUCCAAAAGAAAGGAUUAACCCUAAAUCCGGUGACCAGUUUGUAUUACAUAGCGCCCUGCAGGUAUUCUUCAUCUUUAUCUUCCAAUUAUUUGGUCGUUUGUUGAAAGCUCCCAACGUCAUGUGUAAUCUUUAGAUACUUCUAUCACGUAUUAAUACCAAGAAUGCACCAGCCUUGCCAAAUAUGGCAUCCUCUUUUCGCAACAAAGUGUUUUGGCAGCGACAUAAAUAAAGCAAUAUGAAGGUUUUUAAUUUGCACCUAUGUUUCAGUGAAUAUACAGUUAUUUUCUAAUUGGGAUGAACCUUGUCAGCUAUGUCGAUCGGGGAAUGCAUCUAAGUAUUAACAACUGCCCAAAUGGUAGUGUUUUCUAGUUUGAACUGAUUUUAUUUUUUUUCUAAAUCAAGGAGAUUCUUAGAAAUCAAAUUUGAUGACAUGUCUGAGGCUGCCUUUAUGAACCUAUGCCAUGGCUGAUUAUUAUUUUGUUGUAUCGUAUGCUCUUGAUGAGAAGACUCUCACUGUUGAUCUGAAUCCUCAUUAGGUACUUUGUAUGUUCCUGCAUGGCUAUCUUUCCUGGAAAGCAUCAUACUUGACCGUUUCUUCUCUAUUCAUUGUUAUCGUUGCACUGGCAUGAUUUCUUCUGCAGUCUUCGGUAUCUAUGCAUAUUUUUUAUCGAAUUCAUUGUUGCUAGUAAACCAGACUUGCCUUCCAAAUUAUCUUACUUUGUAUCGAUCAUACGUGCGCAGAGCACCCCCCCCCCCUUUCGUGGAGCCUGCAACACUGGGACAACUUAUAUUUACUUAUUUUCUCUCUGCAGUUUUCUUUUUCUGUUUGCGCCAUGGUACAUGUUGGAGAAACCAGGAAUGGAAAUCUCCCAGAUUCAGUUCAAUUUUUGGACGUUUUUCUCAAACGCUCUAUGUGCGCUGGCAUUGAACUUCUCCAUAUUUUUAGUAAUCGGUAGAACUGGAGCAGUUACCAUCCGUGUUGCUGGAGUUUUGAAGGACUGGAUACUGAUUGCUCUCUCGACAAUUAUAUUUCCAGAAUCUGCCAUUACCGGGCUCAACAUUAUUGGCUAUGCAAUCGGUACAGUUCCUCUUUAA